AUGAUUUGGCUGUCGGAUGUUGUCAUUAUCGGCGGCGGCUCCUCGGGCACCUACGCCGCGAUUAGACUUCGUGAUCAAGGGAAAUCAGUCGUCGUGGUAGAAAGAGAAAGUAUCUUGGGAGGCCACACCGAAACAUACGUCGAUCCAACGACCAAACAGGUUGUGGAUUAUGGAGUUGUUCUAUUCCACGAUCUGCCCGUCGUGCGACAAUAUUUCGCACGACUGAAUAUAUCCAGCGCUCUACAAAAUCUUUCACAGAUAUUCCAGCCCAUCACUACAUAUUUGGAUCCCGAUACUGCUCAGACAGUCAAUUUCACUCCUCCGGAUCCAUCGGCAGGGCUGGCAGCCUACGCCCAGAAACUUGCACAAUACCCUGGCCUGGAAACUGGGUACAAUCUCCCCAACCCUGUCCCAGAAGAUCUACUGCUACCAUUCGGACAAUUCGUUGCAAAGUACCCCGAAGUCGGAAAUGCGACAUUCUCGAUAGCACAGUUCAAUCAAGGCCUUGGCAAUAUUCUUGAUCAACCAACAUUAUAUGUUUUCAAGAUACUCGGGUUCGAUGUCCUAAACACAAUGGCAAAUGGGGCCUUGCUUCCUACCAGCAAUAACAAUCAUCAAAUAUACGACCAGGCUUCAAGGAUCCUUGGACCAGAUGUACUUUUCAGAAGUACUGUAGCGUCUGCCCGACAAAGAGAUGCAAAAGGAGUUGAAAUAGAUGUCAACACACCAAACGGAAUCCGAACAAUACAAGCAAAGAAAAUACUCAUUACAAUCCCCCAAACUCUCAAUAACCUACUCCCCUUCAAUCCCGAUCACACCGAAGCAAAAAUCUUUAACGAAUUCAGAAGCGUGGGGUACUACACCUCCCUAGUACGAAGUACAGGACUUCCAUUGAACUUCACCUCCAGCUCCGCAUCAGCCAAUACCUCCUUCAACAUCCCCCAGAUGCCAGCAGUCUACUCUGUAUCCGCCACCGCCGUCAAUGGCGUUUUUGACGUCAAGUAUGGCAGUCAGAAAAUUUUGCCAGACUCUUAUGUGCAGGGGGAGAUACUUUCGUAUAUCCAGAAAUUGCAGAAUAACGGGUUCACGGGUAACUUUUCGGGAGCGGCCAAUUUCUUGCGUUUUAAGAGUCAUGUUCCCUUUGAACUAACUGCCUCUCCGAGUCGCAUUGCUACUGGAUUUUAUAAUGAUCUUUAUGCUUUGCAGGGUUAUCGAAGUACAUGGUAUACAGGCGCUGCCUUUCAUGUCCAGGAUUCGUCGAAACUUUGGAACUUUACUGAGACGGUUGUGUUGCCCGGAUUACUGAAAAGUCUCUAA